AUGGUAUAUGAGACUUGUUAUAGACUUAGAACAAUGGGACUUUUGGAUAAAAAUCUGACAGACGAUGCUGUUGUACAAGGGUAUGAAGCAGGAAUUGAACGAGGCAUUUAUAAAGUGAUGGCAAAAAUGGGAAUUAGUACUUUACACUCUUACAAGGGUGCACAAAUUUUUGAAAUUGUUGGGCUGGGUCGUGAAGUUGUUGACAAAUGCUUUACUAAUUCUUUGUUUCGGCUUGGCGUUGCUGACUUUGAAACUUUGGUAUUGGAGGCAAUUCGAAGACAUCGGAUCGCCUAUCCAAAUGUACCAAAUAGGGAUUUAUACCUUUAUGGUUUGCUUAAAACUCAGAGCUUAAUUUUAUAUUUUUUUAAAAGAUGA